AUGGUUUUUAUGCGCAUAUAUGAAUAUGUGUAUAAUAAAUACUUCAAAAAACCAGAUGAAGAAAUACGUAAUAUAAAACUGAAUAUAAAGCAAAUAUUUCCUUGUUCGAAUAGAGUUAAAACAACGAAAUAUACUCCAUAUAAUUUCAUUUUUAAAAAUUUAUAUGAACAACUUUGUAUACCAUCAAAUCUUUAUUUCGUUUUUAUUGCUGUUUUACAAUCUACACCACAAGUAUCAUCUACACAAGGAUAUCCAAUAGUAUUAUUACCAUUAAUAAUUGUAUUAUUAUUUUCUGCAUUGAAAGAUGGUUAUGAAGAUUAUCAACGUUAUUUGUCUGAUAAUCAACUGAAUAAUAAUAUCGUACAAAUUGUUAAUCUACCAUAUGUUACUGAUCAAUCCAAACUAUUACAUAAUAUCAAUACUACUGAUACCAAUACUGAUAGUAAUACUGAUAAUAAUACGGAUAGUAAUUUUGAUAGUAAUUUUGAUACACCAAUUUCUAGUAAUUUUGAUAUUUCCGAUCCUUGUAUUAAUACUUGUGGUAUUACUCAAUCUAAUACUACCGUUACGGUGUCACGUUCCAAGAAUGCUACCACCACUAAUGGUACCUGUACUAAUGGUACUAAGGGUACUGGAACUGUGGGCACCGCUACUAAUGGUUUGGAUACUAAGGAUACUGGUGGUACAAAAUCUAAUAGAAUUGGUAGUAAAUUUUUUAAAUCAAGAGAUAAAGGUAAAAAAUCAAAAGUUGAUGAAUUUGUUGGUACGGAACGAUAUGAUUUUGUCGAAGGAGCCUUGAGAAAUAAAGUAUUAGUAAAUAAAUAUUGGAAAGAUUUAAAAGUUGGUGAAUAUGUGUUUUUACAAAAUAAAGAUAUCGCACCUGCUGAUUUAGUACUUUUAGCUACUUCUGAAGAAAAUGGUUUUGCAUAUGUUGAUGCUUCUUCAUUAGACGGUGAAACUAAUAUUAAAAAAAAAGAAUCCAUUUAUGAUGUGUAUAAUGAAUUGGGUAGUGAUUUUGAACAUGUAAUUACAGAAGUACAACGUUUACUUGGUCAUUUUAAAUGUGAAGGACCAAAUAAGAAUCUUAUUAGUUUUGAUGGUCAUUUAAAAUAUCUUUUUUCUGAUAAAAUUACACCAAUUCCAUUAAAUAAUGAAAUGAAAAAAUUAAUUACCAAUUAUAAAUUUAAAUUAAAUUCUAAUAAUAAUUCAUUAGAAAAUGUUAAUUCUCCCGUUACGGUGACUGGUCCACCAAACAGUACUACCAAUAGUACUAAGGAUACUGGUACAGUUGUACCUAACACCGUAACUGAGGGAAAGGGAGCUAAUUUUACAGGUACAGAGUGUACUAAUACUAAUACUAAGGAUACUAAUAGUAAGGAAGACCCUUUGGGGGGUAGUGGUGGCCGUGGACCAGUCACCGUAAUGGAAAAUCUAAGAAGUGAGAGUAUAAAUGAAUUUGAAAAAAAUAUAAAUGAAAGUAAAGAAACACAAGUGAAUUUGAAUAAUUUAUUAUUACGUGAAUGUAAAUUAGUAAAUACACAAUGGAUAAUAGGAUUUGUAGUAUAUACAGGACAUGAUACAAAAAUAUAUAAAAAUAUAUCAAAAGCACCAUAUAAAGUUAGUAAUUUACAAAAGAAAAUGAUGAAAACAACAUUACUUAUUUGUAUAAUACAAUUUAUAUUAUGUUUAGUAGCAACAUUUUAUAAUCUUUAUAUACAUACAAAUAAAGUUUAUGAAAAAUAUUCUUAUUUAUCAUUAGAAACACGUGCUUCUGGAUUUUAUAUUUUUAUUAUUUAUUAUUUAUCUUGGAUGGCUUUGACUGCUAAUUUUGUACCUAUUAGUGCUAUUGUUACUUUAAAUGCUGUUAAAUUAAUUCAAGGUUUUUUUAUACAAUUUGAUGAUUCUAUGUAUUGUCAUGAAUUAAAAAUGAAUGCUAAAGCUAGAAAUACUAUGCUUAAUGAAGAAUUAGGACAAAUUAAAUAUCUUUUUUCUGAUAAAACAGGUACUCCGUUACGGUGCUUGUACACACCGAUCCCUGAAAGGGUCUUAGUUAUAUAUACUAGUACAUUAACAUGUAAUAAAAUGGAAUUUCGUAAAUUUAGUAUAAUGGGACAUAGUUAUGGUAAAGGUUAUACAGAUGUUAUAAGAUUUGUAUAUGCUAAAAAAGGUAUUUUUUUAGAAUCUGAAGUAGCGAAUCCAAAUUAUGAUAAAGAAUCACAUGUGAAUUUGGUUGAUGAUGUAUUAUUUAAAGAAUUAAAUGAUCCAAAUCAUCCAAGACAUGAAUAUUUAAUUGAUUUCUUUUUACAUUUAGCAAUUAAUAAUUGGGCUGUACCAGAUAGUUCUAAUAAUCGUAUAUAUAUGUGUCCAAGUCCUGAUGAAUUAUGUUUUGUUAAUGCAGCUGCUUUUUGUGGAUUCAGAUUAUUACAACGUAAUUCUAAUUUCGUCCUCAUAUCAAUUUUUAAUCAAAUUUAUAAAAUUAAAAUCAUUGCACAAGCUGACUUUGAUUAUAAACGGAAAUGUUCUACAACUAUUAUAUCCAUUUCUCAUACCAAUCCUUUAAAACCCAUAGGUACUAUAAAUGACCCUUCGAAUAGGGUAACUAACCCAUUGAACCCAGUAAAUGGUGUAAAUCCCUUAAAUACUGUAAAUAGUAGUAUUAAUACUAAGGGAGUCCCUUUAGGGGCUGUUGGUACUGAGGAGACUGGUACCGUUGGAGCAAGCACCGUAACGGAAGUAACAGAAAAUAACCGAAUAAUAUUAUAUUGUAAAGGUGGUGAUAAUAUAAUGAUAAAGAAAUUAAAGGAAAUAAAAGAAGUAGAUGUAGUAACAUUAAGGAAUAUGAAGAAAUAUUCAGUAGGAGGUUUAAGAACAUUAGUAUUUGCAAAACGUGAGAUCGAAUUAAAAGAAUUUAAUGAAUGGUUAAAAGAAUAUAAUAGAAUAAAAUUAACAAUAGAAUCGAGAGAUGAGAAAUUAGCAGAAUGUGUAUCGAAAUUAGAAUGUGAUUUAGAAUUACAAGGAGUAACAGGAAUCGAAGAUAAAUUACAAACAGGAGUAUCGGAAUGUAUAGAACAAUUAUUAAUGGCAGGAAUAAGAAUUUGGAUGCUUACUGGUGAUAAUUUAGAUACUUCUAUUAAUAUUGGAAUUGCUACUAAUUUAGUUAAUAUGUUAUCGGAUCGUAUUAUGUUAGAUUCUAACACUGUUCCUAAUGAUAAAUUAUUUUUGGAAAUGAAAAAACAUAUCAAUAGAAUUGAUCAAGAAAAUAAUAUUACUAAACAUCGUUGUUUAAUAUUAGAUUCUAUAUCUAUAGAAUAUAUUUUUUCUUCCAUUACGGGGUCAGGUACCACGGCCAAUAAUAGUACUAAGAGUACUAAGGAUACUAAUAAUACUAAGAGUACCGAAGGUAAUAAUAAUACUAAGGAAACCCCUUUGGGGGUUAAGGAAGACCAUUUCGGGGCUGGUAUUGAUGGAACUACUGGCCGUGGACCAGUCACCGUAACGGAGGAAAUAUUUAUAGAAAUAUUAAAAAGAGUACAUUCAGUAAUAUGUUGUCGUAUGACACCAUAUUUAAAAGGAGCAGUAGUAACAUUUGUAAAGAAUAAAUUAGGUGGAAUAACAUUAGCAGUAGGAGAUGGAGCAAAUGAUUGUAAUAUGAUACAAAUAGCACAUGUAGGAAUAGGAAUCAAAGGAAGAGAAGGAUCACAAGCAUUUAAUGCAUCAGAUUUCGGUAUAGGAGAAUUCAGAUUCUUAUCACCAUUGAUAUUACAUCAUGGACGUUUAUGUUAUAGAAACUUAUCGAAAUGUAUUUCAUAUAUGUUUUAUAAAAAUGUUAUACUCAUCAUACCAUUAUUCUUUUAUGCAUAUAUUAGUCUUUUUUCUGGUCAAAAAAUAUAUUAUUCAUUAUUUGUAGCCAUUUAUAAUGUUGUAUUUACUUCGAUACCUGUUGGGAUCUUUGGUAUUGUAGAUCAAGACUAUAAUCGUGAAUUUUCUGUUAAAUAUCCUCACGUAUAUCAGUUGGGACAAAUUAAUCAUUAUUUUAAUGUUAUUAAAUUUUCUGGAUGGAUAUUAAAUGCUAUAAUACAAUCGGCUGUUAUUUUUUUUAUGAUGACGGUUGGAUUAGGUGAUGAAUUUUCUAUACCAUUUCCAUACGGAUUAAUUGCUGAUGCACCUACUUUGGGAAUAAUGUUAUUGUCUAGUGUAUUUAUAAUUGUUUCUUGUAAACUUGUUUUAGAAACUUGGUAUUUUACUAAAAUUACACUGUUAUCACAUUUAAUUAGUAUAUUCUUUUUUAUUAUAACUGUUUGUUCAUUUUCUUCAUCACCAAUUUAUUCAGCAAAUUCGAUUGGAUCAGCAUUUGUAUUAUUUACGAGUUAUAGAUUUUGGAUUGUAAUUUUAGGUACAUUGAUGUUAUCAAUGUAUCGAGAUUAUUUCUAUAAAGUAUUCAAAUACUCUUUUUGUCCUCAAUAUUAUCAUCAUGUACAAAAGGUUGAAUAUCUCAAAAUUGAACAACCUGUAACCUUUUAA